UAGUUGGAUUCCCUGCAUUUAUAAAAUCACAUAGUUUUCCAAAGUAGUUAAUGUUAGCUUUUAAUCGAAGAUCGGACAAUUCAAAUUACAUAUCAUCAAUUCAAUUAUAAAUUAUCGUGUCCAUCAAUUCUAGAUCCGACACUCCAAGUGAGUAAGUGCGUCAUCCAAUUACUGCACCAAAUCCAUUUCCCUAAUUGUGGUUAUGGCACUCUCAGAGUCUCACUUUUUAAUACAUUAUUGAGUUUUGAAGAAGAUGAUUAUGUGAUAGAGCAAAAAUACAAACAAAUAGAAAUGGCAGUGGCUGAAGAGUGCAGUUCCAACAGAGCCUCAAGAUGGUCCCUCAAAGGAAUGACUGCCCUCGUCACUGGUGGAACUCGUGGGAUUGGACAUGCCAUAGUUGAGGAUUUAUGUGGGUUUGGUGCUACCGUCCACACUUGUUCCAGAAACCAAACAGAGCUCGAUAAUUGUUUGGAUCAAUGGCGUAGUAAAGGCUUUUUGGUUUCUGGAUCUGUUUGUGAUGUUUCAUCUCGAGAUCAAAGGGAGAAGCUCAUUCAAGAAGUUACUUCAAUCUUCAAUGGCAAACUUCACAUUUAUGUGAACAAUGUUGGAGCAAACUUUAGGAAACCAACCAUUGAGUACACUGCUGAAGUAUAUUCAGAAAUAAUGACAAUUAAUUUAGAUUCUUCAUAUCAUUUGUGCCAACUUUCACAUCCUCUUCUGAAGGCAUCUGGAAUGGGAAGCAUUGUAUUCAUUUCAUCUAUUGCUGGUGUGGUGAGCUUAGGUACAGGAUCAGUCUAUGCAGCAAGUAAAGCUGCAAUCAAUCAGCUUACAAAAAAUUUGGCUUGUGAAUGGGCAAAAGAUGGCAUAAGAAGCAAUUGUGUUGUUCCUGCUACCACCAAUACACCACUUGUUGAACAUCUACUUCGCAACAAGCAGUAUGUAGACGAAAUGUUGUCUCGAACUCCUCUUGGGCGUAUCGCUGAAGCUCAAGAAAUUUCAUCCUUGGUGGCUUUCCUUUGUCUUCCGGCUGCAUCUUACAUCACAGGACAGGUUAUUUGUGUUGAUGGAGGAUUGACAGUGAAUGGAUUUCAGCCUAGUAUGAGAAUAACAUAACAUUCAUGUACUACUUGGUUCAUUGUUAAUCAUUUUUGGAACAAAGGAUCCCUAUUCUUUCAUUUGACAUUACAUUCAAUUUCACCCUGAUUGUUUUGCUUUUUCUGCUUUAUAUAUUAUUAUGCCCAGGACAUCACGGUGGAAGUUAUUAAAAUUGUGAAUAAAUUUCAAUUCAUCACAAGAAUAACAUAACAUUUAAAAUUACUUUUCAGUUUUUGUCAUCUUUAUAUUGUUUUUUUUUUCUUAAUGUAUUAUAUAUAUGGGGUGAAAUGUUACACCCGUAUAAUUUGAUUUCCACAUUAAAUUUACAUUUGGUUGAA